GCGCGUCUGCUGUGUAGCUGGUUAAAAUGUCCGUCUAACAGAAAUGUCCUGCACCUUCUGUAUUUAUUUUGUUUUCUAAAUUAGAAACCUAACCCUUCUUUAGCUUCACUUGUCUUCAGUUCGUCAUUUAUAGACGUUAAUUAUUUCUUCUUCCUGUGGUCCAGCAGACAUGGAGGGUCCGUCCUCUAGACUAUCUGCUGUCCCGGUCGGAGCGCUGCGACUGGCGGCCAGGAGAGACUCCGGCGGGGAGCCAGAAACUGACCUCGGCCGGGACAUGAAAACACACUUUCGCGUCUGUCGCUUCAUCAUGGAAACAGGAGUGAAGCUCGGGAUGCGCUCGGUGCCCGUCGCCACAGCCUGCGUAUUGUAUCAUCGCUUCUUCGAGCGAGUCAGCGUCCAGGCGUACGAGCCCUACCUGGUGGCCAUGAGCUGCCUUUACCUGGCUGGGAAGGUGGAGGAGCAGCACAUCAGGACCCGGGACAUCAUCAACGUGAGCCACAGGUACUUCAACAGCGGCAGCGCUCCUCUGGAAUGUGACAAGGAGUUCUGGGAGCUGAGGGACAGCGUGGUGCAGUGUGAGCUCCUCAUCCUGCGACAGCUCAACUUCCACGUCUCCUUCGAACACCCUCACCAGUAUUUACUCCACUACCUGCUGUCCGUGAAGUCGCUGGUCAACCGACACGCGUGGUCUCGAACCCCCGUGGCUGAGACUUCCUGGGCGUUGCUGAGAGACUGUUACCACGGAGCCAUGUGCAUCCGCCACACCCCCCAACACAUCGCCAUAGCAACCCUGUACCUGGCUCUGAACAGCUACGGAGUGGAGCUCGCCGUCGGAGAGAAAGAGUGGUGGCAGGUGCUGAGUGAGGACGUGACCAAAGCCGACAUCGACGCUGUGAUCUCAGACCUUCUGCAGCUCUACGACAUGGAGGCCAAGUGUAUCUGAAGGACGCGAGACCCGCACACGUCGCCGUCCGUCCUGCGUUAUUCUGCGCAAUCGAGUGUCAAGGUUCAGGUGUGUGUGGGUUUUUUUUUUUUGUGAGGCAGAAGAACACUUUGCUUUGCCCCAGUUAGUCUGUGAGCUGUGACAAAAACCCACACCUGCAGUACCGAUUCCUGCCUCCGUGGGGAGACGUUUCUCGCCGUCUGGUCUCUGAUCUCUCGGCACUGCAGAAUACUGAUGUGCUCUGAAAUACAGCACCAGAAACAUCCCAGCCUUCAGUGAUCAGCUCACACUUUACACGUUGGAACUACAAAUACUGAUGUGAGGAUUUAAUGGGGAGAUCCAAUAAAUAACCCCAACAAAUCCAUUAAAGAUGCAUGGGAAUGGUGAGCUCAGUUGUUAUUUCAUGGCAUUAUUCUGACACAUUCCUGCUUUGGGAGAGUACUAGACAGUGAUAAACAUGUAGUUAAGCUAAAGUCUUAUUAGAAUCCAGAGCGCCUCGCUGCAUAAAUCUGCAUAUUAACAAGGACAAUUGGAUUUUCCACACUGGAUACCAUGUUAGAUCCCUCAUGCUGAAGCACAGCUCACCCUGACGAUGCAUAUUACAUUAAAAUGUACAUUUACAUGUGAAUGUGUUAAUUGGCCUAAUGAUCUCAUCAAAUGAAGCGUGAAUAUUUCAUGAUUGUAGCCGGGAUAUUUAGCAGCAUGAGUGACUUUCUUGAGUUCAUUUGAAGAUGGUGAUGUUAUUUUGCUUUUACCAAAUGGAUGAGAAAAAAAUGUGGGUUCUUCCUCUGCUGCUAAAAUGACAAUAUAGUUUUAAUGUGCAUGGUGAAUUUUUUACAAUGAGACUGUCCUACUCUGUUUCUAGGAUCCUUCUGGUGUUAUUUUUUAUGCUGUUCUCCUAAUUUAACCUCAUAAAAAGACCAAAGCCAACUAUGACUUGAUAAUAUGGACUAAAUAAUGUAUUCUGUGUGUUUAAACUGGAUAUAUCUCAGUCCUCAGAGUCACGGAGCUCCAGAAAAAUCUAUUAAAUCCACACCAGAGAGUCUCAGUGUGACACAUUUCUUUAUUACUAUGAACAGAAACAAUCAAAAUACUCAUCAGAGCAUCAGGUGUGUAUUAAAUAGUCCCCAAGAUAUUUGAUAUUUCUUUCUGUCUGAGUAACAUCCUCUAAAAACUACAGCUGUUUGGAACCUAUGGAGCCUUUUAACAUAUACAUACAUUACAUAUUUAAAAUCUGCAAAGUUGGUAGAAAGUGUUGUGUUUUUGUUAUUGUGUCCUAAGUUUUGUGUUUGUUUGGAAUAUUUUUCUCUUGUGUGUAACUGAAGAAACGAGAUGGAAAAGAGGAUUUAUUUUUAUAUCUAAAAGCCAAAUGUACAGUUCAACUGCUGUGCCUCAGUUUUGCUAUGAUUAAAAAAUAUCAUAAAAAAAUCGACAUUCACAAUAAAAGCAAAGUCCAAGGACUGUGAAA